UUAUUUGCACAUUUAUUUUUAUUUAUUUAAGUUUGUCUGAAAUAAUCAUCCAUACUCCCUCGUUUUCAAAGAUGACGUCAGCACGUCUCCAAAGCACCGAAAGCGAAAGUUGUUACCUCCGUCCAGCAGAUGGUAGCAAUAAAUAAUGAUGGCAAUCUCAGCCUGCCAUUGGAAGCAGCCGCUGGUUACUUUUGAAGUCUGAGACUUUUUCUUUCCAGGCAUUUUCAAACCUGUGGCUGGCUUCUGUCAUGGCGGUUCCCGGAUUAUCUUGGUCGGAAAGAGCGUUGAGUCUAGUCCAGAAGAUGAAUAACUUUUAUUCGCCAGGAUCUAGCAGGUAUCAGUGCAGGCCUUUCAUAGUUGGAGGCAAAGAGGUAGGCAAAAUCCCUCCUGCUGUACUGAAAGAAUUGCAUCAGUUUCCAGAUAUCUUCUUCUUCAGCAAGGCAGAAAAUGGAGCUGUGGAGCUGAAUUAUCAACUUGUAUCAUAUCAGGAGAGAUCAUCAGCAAUGGAAGGGGUUCUCCAGAAGAUACGAGCAAAGCACAAGUUUCUUUGUCUUGAAGGGUGGAGAGAUGAGAAAUAUGAUGUGAAGCCUAAUUUUUAUGAUCAGCCCUUGAUGUGUAUGGAGAGAGCAGCUACAAGUUUGUUUGGAGUGAAGCGUUACGGAGUUCAUGUGAAUGGUUUUACUAGACCAGGUGAUGGACAGCUUGCUAUGUGGUUGGGCCAAAGGUCGUUUACUAAGCAGACAUACCCUGGCCUGCUUGAUAACAUGGCAGCAGGUGGAAUUCCUGCACAAAGCGGAAUAAAAGAAACACUAAUCAGAGAAUGUGCAGAGGAGGCUUCCAUCCCAAUGGCAACAGCAGCAACAGCUGUUCCUGUCAGUGCCGUUAGCUACACACAUGAAAAUGAACUAGGAAUUUUUCCAGAAUGCCAAUUUGUGUUUGAUCUGGAGGUUCCAAAAGAGUUUGAACCCACCAAUGCAGAUGGAGAGAUGCAAAAAUUUUACUUGUGGCCAAUUAAUAAGGUGAAGGAAGCCAUUGUUUCUACUGACUUUAAACCAAACUGUGCUAUGGUUGCUUUAGAUUUCUUGAUUCGGCACUCUUACCUGAGUCCUGACUCUGAGUCACAUUACCAGGAGCUUAUAUCAGGCCUUCACCAGUCUAUAUGACAAGAAGCAAAGCAGAAGAUAAAUUAAUUCUGAAUAUUAAGAAGGAAAUGUUAUGUUGGUAUAGGUUUGCAAAUUAUUCAGCAUUACUUCAUCUCCACAUUUAAAACUUUUUGAUUUUUAUCCACUUCUUAACCUUUUUUCCUGUUUUGAGCUGCAUGGUCAACAAGUCAAACUGUUCAGAACUCAGCAUUGCCAAUACUCUACUAGACCUUGUCACAUUUGGCAAUGCACAAAUCAAGGGAUAUCAGUGUUCACAUAUAGGUGAAGCAAGGAAGAUGCAAGUCUCUAGUAAAGGUACCAGCUGAAUAGUCCCAUUACCAAAGUAUGUUAGGAGUUCAGUGAUAGAACAAUGACUGUCUGAUAGCCACAAAGACUUGUAUGUCUGAGGCCCAGUACAUUACUCCAGACACUAUUAACAAGAGAAUGAGAAAUGUUAACUCUCUGUGUGGAGUUGUCAUGUUCUUGGCUAUGGUCUCUGGGUUUAUCCCAUUCUGAAGAUGUAUCUGAAUUGUCCAAUUAUGUUAGUAUGCUGUAUGAGGUCUAAGCAAAAGUUGAAUGUUGCCUUAUGUGCACAGCAACCAAUUUAAAGUUUUCUUCCCCUGCAGUCCUAACCAUGGAAAAACAAAAAUCUGAAAGUUGGUACACUGUAUUUCCAAAUGUAUGUGGAGACCUCUCCAAAUUAUUAAGUUCAGAUGUCUCUGCAACACCCAUGAUUAAUUAACAAGUGCAUAAAAGCAACCACAUAGCCAUGCAAUCUCCUUUGACAAAUGUUACAGUAGAAUGGGUCAUAUUGAAGAGGUCAGUGAGUUCAACAUUAGAAUCCCUGAAGCCUACAAAAAAACUAAUAUUCCAAGGCCACCUUAAAUUCCUUUGCACCUCUCCUCAUCAGCGUCUUUUGUUUUAUAAAUGUAUCGAUCAAGCACUCUGAUAUCCCAUCUCCCCACCAACGCGCAGCUGAACUCGGGGGGGAAAAUGUUCUCCUAGCUCAAUUCUUGUUUAUCUGGGUGUCUGGUGACUGGAGUUGUAUAAGGUAAAUAAUAUGUCGUUAUUUGGAGCACAUGCAUUUCAUGUGUGUUCCGUGCCUACAACAAUCUGUGUAAAUGUAGGAUGACAGGAAAUGCAAGAAAUGUUGAACACGUAGCUAAAACAGAAAGUUUUUGCAUGUUAUAGUACUAACAGCAUUUUGACAUGAAGUGUAUAAUGUGUGAAGACUGAAAUCCAAAUAUCAAAUAAACACUUUCACAAAAGGUACACGUAUAACAACACAAGUGCGCAUUUAUUCAAGAAUAUAAACAAAGAAAAAGAAAUCAGGCUACAUUUACGAAAUGUGAACCUUUUUUAUUUAUUAUACCAAUAAAACUGAAUAAAAAAAAAAUCAAGUGAUGGUGAGAUAUGAAGAAGGCAGAUUCACCAGCGUUUGUGUGUCAGCUUUUAUCCCUCAGAAUCAGAAAAUGUCCAGUUCCAUUGCCUCAAAACACCACUCACAUCUACAGUUACUCCCAAUUUAAAUAAAAACUAUCAGCAUCAGAUCCCUGGGUGGGGGGGCCAUAGUAUGUAUCAUGAUCGUGACUGAGAGAAUAAAAGUGAAAAUAAAAUGGUAACUUUCACAAGUAUUAUAAAUGUACACCGUCUGAUACAGACGCAAACCAAAUGUAUGUGUGUACUGUAUAAUAUUAACAAUAAGAGCAGCUCACUACUGAAAACGGCAAAUAUAGGAGGCAGUCAGGAUCGAACUGGGGACUGUUGAUUACAAGUCAGCAAAUCUUAUCGCUAUGCCACGGAAGCUGUUGUUUUAUCCUUGAACCUUUUGUGAAAGUAUUUAUUUGAUCUUUGGACUUUAGGCUUCACACAUUAUAUAGUUUAUGCCAACAUUUUGUCAAUUACUACUAGAAUAUGAAAACGUUUCUGUUUUAACAAUGUGUUUACACAGAUUAUUGUAGAAACGGAACACGCAUGAAAUGCAUGUGUUCCAAAUAACCAUCUAUUAUUUCCACUCUAAAACUCCAGCACUUCACUCCCAGAUAAUCAAUCAAGGCAUGAGCUGGGAGAACUUUGUGCAUGUUCUGCAGCUGUGGAGGGAUGGAAUAGCAGGCUGCUUGCUGCUUGUCUUUAUCGGCACAUUUACAGGACAAAAGACGCUGACAGAGAGGUGCGAACGGAUUUAAGGUGGGCUGGAUCUUCGAGUUUUUUCGUAGGCUCUGGUAAUUCUAGUGUUAAGGUAAAAUGCUGACACGACCGCGUGGGUGGUGCAGCGGUAAGAACUGCUGACUCAUAAUCAAGAGGUCAUGGGUUAGAUUUUGGGCUCUUCCCAGAAUUACCAUUUUGAGUAGUGAGCUGCUCUUAUUGUUACUAUUAUACAAUAAAAGCAUACAUUUGAUCUAUGUCUGUAAGAGCCAGGGUAAAUUUAUGGCACCUGUAAAGGUUAGUGUUUUUUGUUUUUUUUUUUAUUCAGUUUUAUUCUCUCAGUCACAUUUUUGAAAACAUCAGCUAUUUGAAAAUGCUAUGCCAUUUGAAC